UAUAGCCCCUGCAUAGAUACUUGUAUACCCACACACAUAUAGAUACAUUCAUAUACAAGAAGCAUGGCCUCUAAUGGAGAAAAUGUUGUUGUUCCCAUGAAGCUUGAGAAUCUACUUUCCAUGAAAGGAGGCAAAGGAAAGGGCAGCUAUGUCAAUAACUCUCAAGCCCAGGCAUUACACGCUCGAUCCAUGCUUCAUCUUCUUGAAGAAACCCUAGAUGGAGUCCGGCUGCCAAAAUGUAGUGCUGAUGAUCCGACGCCGUUUACGGUGGUGGACUUGGGAUGUUCCUGCGGCAGCAACACCCUUUACAUAAUCAAUGUCAUCAUCAAACACAUCGCGAAGCGCUACGAGUCGAUGGGAUUCGAGCCGCCGGAAUUUUCCGCCGCCUUCUCCGAUCUGCCCAGCAAUGACUUCAACACACUUUUCCAGCUGCUUCCUCCCAUGGCAGCAAACUAUGGCGGCAGCAUGGAGGAAUGUCUGGCCGCCAACGACCACCGCUCUUAUUUUGCCUCCGGAGUCCCCGGCUCUUUUUACCGCCGCCUUUUCCCCUCCAAAUCAGUUCAUGUUUUUCACUCCGCUUUUUCCUUGCACUGGCUCUCUCAGGUGCCGGAGAGUGUGCUGGACAAGAGAUCGACGGCGUACAACAAAGGAAGGGUGUUCAUCCACGGUGCGAGUGACUGUACAGCAAAUGCAUACAAGAAACAGUUCCAAACGGAUCUAGCAUGGUUCCUUCGAUCAAUCGCAGAGAUGAAGAGAGGUGGGUCCAUGUUUCUUGUCUGCUUGGGCCGGACGUCUAUGGACCCCACCGACCAAGGUGGGGCCGGCGUCCUCUUCGGGACCCACUUUCAAGAUGCUUGGGACGAUCUUGUCCAAGAGGGCCUUAUUUCUGGGGAGAAACGUGACAGCUUCAACAUCCCAGUUUAUGCACCAAGCCUGCAAGACUUCAAGGAGGUGGUUGAAGCUGAUGGCUCAUUUGCCAUUAACAAGCUUGUGGUAUUCAAGGGUGGAAGUCCCCUGGUGGUCAGCCAGCCAGACGAUGCAUUCGAGGUGGGUCGUGCCCUUGCCAACUCCUGUCGGAGUGUGGCCGGAGUUCUAGUUGAUGCCCACAUCGGAGACCAACUCAGCGAAGAGCUGUUUUUGCGAGUGGAGCGUCGAGGAGCCGGCCAUGCCAAGGAUCUGUUAGAGAAGCUACAAUUUUAUCAUAUAGUAGCAUCUUUGUCUUUUGCUUAAGAGAAAAAUUCUGAG